AUGAAGGGCCCCUACCAGACCGCAGGCCGCGUUCUCGUCACUCUCGGGAGUUUCAGCGUGUUCUCCGGGGUCAUGGCUUUUUUCCCUGUUUUUUCCUCCAAGCUUUGGUUCACUGGAUGGAGUGUGUGGAUUGCGUGUCCCAUCUGGAAUGGAGCAUUGGCCAUCACAGCUGGUGGACUUUUGCUAUUGGCUCACAAAGAAUGGACCCAGAGGCACUUGUGGGAAGCCAGCUUCACCUUUGUGAUUCUGAGCACCAUGGGAUGCCCAGUUCAUUUUGCCAUAAGCCUGGAGUCGGCUCUCCUGGGUCCGUACUGUUUCUACUCACUGGCAGGUAUGGCCGGGGUCAACUACCUGGGCUAUGCCGUUGCCUUCCCCUUUCCAUAUGCGAAAUUCCCGUCGGUCUGCGUGGACCCACCUCACUACGAAGAGUACCACCUGACCCUUCAAGCCCUCGACCUGGCUCUGAGCCUCGUCCUGUUCUGCACCUCGCUGUCUGUGGUCAUCAAGCUUUCUGCAAGACUCAUCCAGCAGGGACACUUAAAUUGGAAGGUGUGA